AUGGGAGACGCGCCAGCUCAGAUUCCGACGAGUUUCGGCCACGAGCUCAGGGCUUGUCUUCGAUGCCGCCUCGUCAAGACCUACGAUCAGUUUAGGGAUUCUGGGUGCGAGAAUUGUCCUUUCUUCAAAAUGGAAGACGAUCAUGAGCGUAUUGUCGAUGUUACCACCCCUAAUUUCAACGGUGUAAUCUCUAUGAUGAAUCCACGCAGAAGUUGGGCGGCAAGGUGGUUAAGAAUUGGGAAGUUUGCUCCUGGUUGCUACACUCUUGCUGUCUCAGAGGCACUCCCAGAGGAAAUGCAGUUCCUAUGCCAAGAAGAGCGAGUGCAGUACGUCCAGCCCAAACGCAUUUGA